UGAGUUUGUCUGCUCCUCCUAUUCGGGUCUCUCCUCUCCUCUAACAUGGUGCGACUGUGGCUCCCCAGAGGCUCCUGUGUGGCAGCUGUGGUCCUGACCCUGAUGGCCCUGAGCCCUCCUGUGACUUUGGUCAGGGACCCCCGACCGCGGUUCUUGGAACAAGCUAAACACGAGUGUCAUUUCUACAACGGGACGCAGCGCGUGCGGUAUCUGGAGAGACGCAUCCACAACCGGGAGGAGUAUGCGCGCUUCGACAGCGAGGUGGGCGAGUACCGCGCGGUGACCGAGCUGGGGCGGCCGGACGCAGAGUACUGGAACGGCCAGAAGGAGCUCCUGGAGCAGAGACGGGCCUCGGUGGACACGUACUGCAGACACAACUACGGGGUUGGAGAGAGCUUCACUGUGCAGCGGAGAGUUGAGCCCCAGGUGACCGUGUACCCGACAAAGUCUCAGCCCCUGGAGCACCACAACCUUCUGGUCUGCUCUGUGAGCGGCUUCUACCCUGGCCACAUUGAAGUCAGAUGGUUCCGGAAUGACCAGGAGGAGACGGCUGGGGUGGUGUCCACAGGCCUGAUCCAGAAUGGAGACUGGACCUUCCAGACCCUGGUGAUGCUGGAGACAGUUCCUCAGAGUGGAGAGGUUUAUACCUGCCAGGUGGAGCAUCCCAGCCUGGCCAGCCCUGUCACAGUGGAGUGGAGGGCACAGUCCACAUCUGCACAGAACAAGAUGCUGAGUGGAAUCGGGGGCUUCGUGCUGGGUCUGCUCUUCCUCGGGCUGGGGCUGUUCAUCUACUUCAGGAACCAGAAAGGACAGUCUGGGCUUCAGCCGACAGGUAACCCUUCAGUCUCCCUCAGAGACAGAUCUGCUUUCCCUACCAUGUGGGCUGGGGUUGGUGGGCACCAGAAGGUGCAGAACCCAGGCCCUGGGCAGGAGGACUCCUGA